GCGGCCGCGGCUGCCAGGCUGGGUCCGAGCAUCCCGCGCCGCUCCGGACCCGCCCGGCCUGGCCAUGGCGACCGUGCGGGCGUCGGCGCGCGGCGUCCUGCUGCUCCUCGUGGCCGUGGCAAGGGUCGCGGCGGUGGCAGGGGCGCUGGCCCCGGGCAGUGCGGGUGCACUGUGUUGUAGUCAUUCAAAAGACAACCAGAUGUGCCGUGAUGUAUGUGAACAGAUAUUCUCUUCAAAAAGUGAAUCCCGACUGAAGCAUCUGCUGCAGCGAGCUCCUGAUUAUUGCCCUGAGACAAUGGUGGAAAUUUGGAGUUGUAUGAAUUCAUCUUUGCCAGGUGUGUUUAAGAAGUCUGAUGGCUGGGUUGGCUUGGGCUGCUGUGAACUGGCCAUUACCUUGGAGUGCCGACAGGCAUGCAAGCAGGCAUCUUCAAAAAAUGACAUUUCCAAAGUUUGCAGAAAAGAAUAUGAGAACGCUCUUUUCAGUUGCAUUAGCAGAAAUGAAUUGGGCUCCGUGUGCUGCAGCUACGCGGGCCAUCACACCAACUGUCACGAGUACUGCCAGGCCAUCUUCCGAACAGACUCCUCCCCCGGACCAUCUCAGAUCAAAGCUGUGGAGAACUACUGUGCCUCAAUUAGCCCACAGCUCAUCCACUGUGUGAACAAUUACACCCAGUCUUACCCAAUGAGGAACCCAACAGAUAGUUUAUAUUGCUGUGACAGAGCCGAAGACCAUGCCUGCCAAACUGCCUGCAAGCGAAUUCUGAUGUCCAAGAAAACCGAGAUGGAGAUUGUUGAUGGCCUCAUCGAGGGUUGCAAGAACCAGCCCUUGCCUCAGGAUCCUCUUUGGCAGUGUUUCCUUGAAAGCUCACAGUCUGUUCACCCUGGAGUUACCUUACACCCACCUCCCUCUACUGGCCUGGAUGGGGCUAAAUUGCAUUGUUGUUCUAAAGCAAACACUUCAACUUGUAGAGAACUGUGCACUAAACUUUAUAGCAUGAGCUGGGGCAGUACCCAGAGUUGGCAGGAGUUUGAUCGCUUCUGUGAAUAUAAUCCCAUGGAAGUGGCCAUGCUGACCUGUUUAGCAGAUGUUCGAGAACCUUGCCAGUUGGGCUGUAGAAACCUUACUUACUGUACUAAUUUUAACAACAGGCCAACAGAGCUUUUCAGGAGUUGUAAUGCCCAGUCAGACCAAGGAGCUAUGAAUGACAUGAAGUUGUGGGGCAAAGGAAGCAUCAAGAUGCCGUUUAUCAGCAUUCCUGUUCUUGACAUUAAAAAGUGCCAGCCAGAAAUGUGGAAGGCAAUCGCCUGUUCCCUGCAGAUCAAGCCGUGCCAUAGUAAAUCCCGGGGAAAUAUUAUCUGCAAAUCAGACUGUGUAGAAAUUCUCAAGAAAUGUGGGGACCAGAACAAAUUUCCAGAAGACCACACAGCAGAAAGUAUCUGUGAGCUUCUCUCGCCUACAGAUGACCUGGAGAGCUGUAUACCCUUGGACACAUACCUCAGACCAAGCACCUUAGGUAACAUUGUGGAAGAGGUGACUCACCCCUGUAACCCAAACCCUUGCCCUGCUAACGAGCUCUGUGAGGUGAACCGGAGAGGGUGCCUGACUGGGGAUCCCUGUCUUCCCUACUCCUGCGUUCAAGGUUGCAAGUUGGGAGAAGCUUCUGAUUUCAUCGUCCGUCAAGGGACACUAAUCCAGGUGCCCUCAUCUGCAGGGGAAGUCGGUUGUUACAAAAUUUGCUCAUGCGGACAAAGUGGGCUUUUAGAAAACUGUAUGGAGAUGCACUGCAUUGACCUCCAGAAGUCUUGUAUUGUUGGAGGGAAGAGAAAAAGCCACGGAGCAUCCUUCAGUAUUGACUGCAACGUCUGCUCUUGUUUCGCCGGCAAUCUGGUGUGCUCCACGCGCCUGUGCCUGAGCGAGCACAGCUCAGAGGACGACCGGCGCACCUUCACAGGCCUGCCCUGUAACUGUGCAGAUCAGUUUGUGCCCGUGUGCGGGCAGAACGGACGCACCUACCCCAGCGCCUGCAUCGCUCGCUGCGUGGGCCUCCAGGACCAUCAGUUUGAAUUUGGCUCAUGCAUCUCAAAGGAUCCAUGUAAUCCUAACCCCUGCCCCAAAAACCAAAGAUGCAUACCCAAACCACAGGUCUGCCUGACAACUUUCGAGAAGUUCGGGUGUAGCCAGUAUGAGUGUUUGCCAAGACAGCUCACCUGCGACCAGGUCCGAGAUCCUGUUUGCGAUACGAACCACGUGGAACACAACAACCUCUGCACUUUGUACCAGAGAGGGAAAAGUCUCCUAUACAAAGGCCCCUGCCAGCCCUUCUGCAGAGCCACAGAACCCGUCUGCGGGCACAACGGGGAGACGUACUCCAGCGUGUGCGCGGCCUACUCAGACCGGGUGGCCGUCGACUACUACGGGCCGUGCCAGGCUGUGGGGGUCCUGUCGGAGCACAGCUCCGUGGCUGAGUGCGCUGCCGUGAAGUGCCCGGCGCUCUCAGCGGCCGACUGCAAGCCCGUCAUCCCACCAGGUGCUUGUUGCCCGUUGUGUGCUGGGAUGUUGCGAGUUUUAUUUGACAGAGAAAAACUGGACACUAUUGCUAAGGUAACGAGCAAAAGUCCAAUAACCAUCCUGGAAAUACUGCAGAAAAUCCGCAUGCACGUGUCUGUCCCACAGUGCGAUGUGUUCGGCUACUUCAGCAUCGAGUCUGAGAUAGUAGUCCUGAUCGUUCCCGUCGAUCAUCACCCCAAAGCCUUGCAGAUCGAGGCCUGCAAUAAAGAAGCCGAGAAGAUCGAAUCCCUGAUCAACUCUGACAGCCCCACUCUGACCUCCCACGUCCCUCUGUCUGCCCUCAUCAUUUCCCAGGUCCAGGUAUCCAGCAGCGUGCCCUCAGCGAGCACCAGGACCACCCCCCACUGCCUCUCUCUCUCUUUCCUCCUCACCCUGGGCCUCACCUGGCUCUGGCUCUGGACACAGAACUGAGGGCCAGUAAAAAGUGCAACCAUGCCUCAGUCUCCCUUUCACCUUGUGACCGACCUCCAGCACUGCUGCUUUGCAGUUGAAUAAUGACCAAGUACCAGCACUUGUCACCUCUGUUCACCACACAGUAUUAUUUCACCUGCCAAGAUUAGUAAGCUGAUUUGGCUUAUGCACAUGUUGAAAUGCAUCCUUCGGAAUACGGAUGGGAAGAUAGUGUCUCCUUCUGGUGGACCCCUGCCUUAGCAAUUCGUCAUUUGCUCAUGAUUAUGACCCCAACACUCGCAAACCGACUCACCAUCAUGGAUGCAAGAUCACUUUUUUUAAGAAAAGUAGCUCACUUUUCUGUGGGCUUCAUGUCCCAGAAACUUCAUCGCAAAGUUCUUUUACAAUAUGAAGGUGCCCAGGUGUGUUUGUUUUCACUCAUGGGCGAUUAAUUACCUAGAAACUAGAGUUCAAGGGGAGACUCCCCCUCUAGGGUAGGGGAUAAAGAGGACGCUUCUUCACAGUGUAAGUCAGUCAUCAGUUAGUGUCCAGAAAGGUGAGCGAGGGACCCAUCUGUUGUGCUGAGCAGCAGCCACUGAUCCUCCCAACCUCACGGAUUGUAACUGAUAGUCCCAGCAGUUACUCGAGUGUGUGCAACUUUUUGUGAGAAGUCACAGCAUGUCAAAGCUUCUUGCAUUUCACAUUCUGAAUUUCACCAGGACUGGACUCUUGGGUAUUCAUCAAGUUAAAUGUCGAGUUUUUGAACAUCAAACUUUAAACCAAUUGCUGCUAUUUUAAUUGCCAAAAAGUGAAAUAAUUAGUAGUUCAUGUAAAUAAUACAUGAUUUUCUAUUUUAUUAUGAAGAAGGUGAAUAGCCAUAUUUGUAAAAUGACAAUCAUGUUUGUUAACCCAGCCCAUUCUGUUCAUGAAGACACGUUUGCUUUUUUGUGAUAUGCACAGUGUAGAUAGGUGUUCUGUCCAACUUUCUUUUUUUAUAUGGAAUUAUAAAGAAUUGUGGCUUAUAUAUUUAAAAUUGUCAAUAAGUGUUAAAAGUUUGCAUGUUGUCUAAGAAAUUGAAAACUUUGAAUGUGUUUUACAGUCUGAUAUAAGCUAUUCAAUGUAAUACUUCUUGUUGGUGUGCACCUAAACUUAGAUUUUACAUGAAGUAUGUUUUUCAGUAUUAUAUGUAUCCUCUAAAAUAUAUAAGGAUAUGCUUAUUAUACCAAAAUGUUGUUUAAAAAUGGGCACUUAAAGCUUUCAAAAUAUCUCAGUGCUGAUGUAGCAUAUUUGUUGCAAUUGCUUUUUUCUAUAAAUGUCUUCAAUGCAAUAUACAGGAAAACUUUUCUAUUUUAAUAAAAAUAAUUUUAUAUGA